UCGUCGCCUUCCUGUUGUUCACGGCCGUGUCCCCGCCCGCAGUGCGCCGUGCAGGUGAAGCUGGAGCUGGGGCACCGCGCCCAGGUGCGGAAGAAACCCACCGUGGAGGGCUUCACCCACGACUGGAUGGUGUUCGUGCGCGGCCCGGAGCACAGCAACAUACAGCACUUCGUGGAGAAAGUCGUCUUCCACUUGCACGAAAGCUUCCCUAGGCCCAAAAGAGGUGCUGUGGACCUGGAGAAAGUGGAUGGACCUUUGUUGGACACACACUGUCUAUAUGGUAGUCCGUUGUGCAAAGAUCCACCUUACAAAGUAGAAGAAUCUGGGUAUGCUGGUUUCAUUUUGCCAAUUGAGGUUUAUUUUAAAAACAAGGAAGAACCUAAGAAAGUCCGCUUUGAUUAUGACUUAUUCCUACAUCUUGAAGGCCAUCCACCAGUGAAUCACCUCCGCUGUGAGAAGCUCACUUUCAAUAACCCCACAGAGGACUUCAGAAGAAAGUUGCUGAAGGCGGGAGGGGACCCUAAUAGGAGUAUUCAUACCAGCAGCAGCAGCAGCAGCAGCAGCAGCAGCAGUAGCAGCAGCAGCAGCAGCAGCAGCAGCAGCAGCAGCAGUAGCAGCAGCAGCAGCAGCAGCAGCAGUAGCAGCAGCAGCAGCAGCAGCAGUAGCAGCAGCAGCACCAGUUUUUCAAAGCCUCACAAAUUAAUGAAGGAGCACAAGGAAAAACCUUCUAAAGACUCCAGAGAACAUAAAAGUGCCUUCAAAGAACCUUCCAGGGAUCACAACAAAUCUUCCAAAGAAUCCUCCAAGAAACCCAAAGAAAAUAAACCACUGAAAGAAGAGAAAAUUGUUCCUAAAAUGGCCUUCAAGGAACCUAAACCCAUGUCAAAAGAGCCAAAACCAGAUAGUAACUUACUCACCGUCACUAGUGGACAGCAAGAUAAGAAGGCUCCUAGUAAAAGGCCCCCUGUUUCAGAUUCUGACGAACUCUCAGCCAAAAAAAGGAAAAAGAGUAGCUCAGAGGCUUUAUUUAAAAGUUUUUCUAGUGCACCACCACUGAUACUCACUUGUUCUGCUGAUAAAAAACAGAUAAAAGAUAAAUCUCAUGUCAAGAUGGGAAAGGUCAAAAUUGAAAGUGAGGUAUCAGAGAAGAAGAAAUCAACUUUACCACCUUUUGACGAUAUUGUGGAUCCCAAUGAUUCAGAUGUGGAGGAGAACAUGUCCUCUAAAUCUGAUUCCGAGCAGCCCAGUCCUGCCAGCUCCAGCUCCAGCUCCAGCUCCAGCUUUGCGCCAUCCCAUACCAGGCAACAAGGUCCCUUACGGUCUAUAAUGAAAGACCUGCAUUCUGAUGACAAUGAGGAGGAGUCGGAUGAGGCAGAGGACAAUGACAAUGACUCUGAAAUGGAAAGACCUGUAAAUAGAGGAGGCAGCCGAAGUCGCAGAGUUAGCUUGAGUGAUGGCAGUGAUAGUGAAAGCAGUUCUGCCUCUUCACCCCUACAUCAUGAACCUCCACCACCAUUACUAAAAACCAACAACAAUCAGAUUCUUGAAGUGAAAAGUCCAAUAAAGCAAAGCAAAUCAGAUAAGCAAAUAAAGAAUGGUGAAUGCGACAAGGCAUACUUAGACGAGCUGGUAGAGCUUCACAGAAGGUUAAUGACGCUACGGGAAAGACACAUUCUGCAACAGAUUGUGAACCUUAUAGAAGAAACUGGACACUUUCAUAUCACAAACACAACAUUUGAUUUCGAUCUUUGCUCACUGGACAAAACUACAGUCCGUAAACUACAGAGUUACCUGGAAACAUCUGGAACAUCCUGAGGACACAACAACUGGAUGCAUCAAAAACUAUUGUCUUUUGUGGGGUUUUUUUUUUUUUUUGGUUGUGAUUUUUUUGUUGUUUAUAUGAAAACACUCAGAAUGAUGCAACCAAAAGGGAAAAAGUAAAAAUCAAACAACUUUCAGCUUUAUUUUUCUUCAAAGCCAGUCAUCAUCUCUGGAUAAAGGAGGAGAGGGUAAGCAAACCAGCCUCAGCGGACCACUCUUCUCUCCAAGGAAAUCCCAGGAAGAAUUAGCCUGGAUAGCCUUGAAAACAAGCAAAGCAAACCCAAGAACACUGAGAGAAUGUGUAUGGUGUCGUGUGUCUCUCUCUGUGGUGGUUCAUUCCACAGGACGGAUGCAUAUCCAACACACUGCCUUAUUACGUAACUGAUCUAUUUAUUACUGCGUACAGAUAUGCUAAAGUCUUGGAGGGCAUGACACCGCCAGAUGUCACGACACGUGGUCCCGUGGAUGCUGUAUCAGUGCAGCGCUCUCGCCGUCCCAAGCCCAGCGACCUUACUCUACACCGUGCCACUCUGCGCCACCUUCUUUCGAGUCCUUUAACGUGUUCAGUCUGUAUUUUCCACCGUCUGUUUUUCCAGGUCCAGGACACAGAUUAUCAAUUGGGAGGGGGGACCAAAUAGCCAACUUGAUUUUCUUCUUUUUUGUGGUCUUUUUCUCCUGAAAGUUGGGGCUCAGUCCUUGGCUGUAUCCAUGUAAUGAUCUUGGACCAUGGUAGAAAAUGCACCAAAUAGGAUCAUAUGACUUGCUGUCUAGCCUUAGUCAAUAAACCUGUAGGACUUUUAACAAAAGUGUAUCUGUAAAUGUCCUGAGUCCAGCAUUGUUAAGCUGUCAUUAACAUUCUUUUGUCUGUUUUACUGUUACAAUACUAGGUAAAUAAGGAAGUAAAAGCAUUCCACAGGAUCAUUUUAAAAAAGGAACUCAAGUCCUAUUUUCUAAAGAAAGUAGAAAUUAAUUCAGAUCUAUUUAUUAAGAAGAGUUUCUGAUCUCUGCAGCUGCCAGUGUGGGACUCGUCUUUACCUUCAAACCAGGAACCAGAAGUUUUUGUUUAUUUGAAUACGAUUCUCUUAAACGCUUUUGUAUUCAAAAAAUUAAAACCCUCCUUUGGGGAUAGUUCUUGGUUAUUCUGCCAUCACAGACUGUGUAUUAACUUGUAGAUUCAGUGGUUCGGUACCUGUUAGACACUUGCUAGGGUUUCCUGUAUUGUGAAAGUGAAGAAGACUGGGGAGGGAGGACUGUUUCUGUUCUUAUCGUACCCUUGUUCUGACACUAGAAAUCUGUCCUGUGGCAUGCAAAACAAAGCAGAUUAUUUUUAAAAGAAAAAGAUAACCAAAGUACUUUUGGUGUCAUUAUUGUACCCUCUCCAUUCAAGGAGAAGUGAAAUGAAAAGUGAAAACCGCUGUUUUCCAAGUUUUUCUAGGACUCAACUGGAAAGAAAAGAAAAGAAGAAACACUUCUGGAUCCAAAUGCCCUUCACUGGAUCGGCCUUAACGUCUCUAAGACCAUUGGCCAGCAUCUCCCUCGAGGGUUCCAUGCCAGAUGCUGGCCCUUCACUUAGAGAUUAACUAGUGUCUGUGCAGAAAGCCGUCUUUCCAGACCCAUUCUCUGUGGUAGUAAUGUAAAUGCAGAUUGAUAAUGAAAUGAUUUCUGCAUUUUAAAAGGGGGAUUUUUUACACUGUUUCUUUCUAUCCAAAGAAACUAUUUUUUUCCUUUAAAAAAUUAUAAUACAGCCAUGCUCCUUGUAAAUUACUUCUCUGAAGUGUCCUCCCAGAGGAUAAGUGUACUUUUUCAAGAAUGUUAUGAUUCUUUAUGAUGAUUGGCAUGAACCGUACUUGAAGCAUUUGUUGUAUAGUCAACUUCUUAAUGUGCAAUUACAGAGAUACUUUCCAAGUUGUUUUGGACAUUAGGUGGCUGAUUGUGUGAUUUUAGUUGUGUUUUGAUUUUUAACUUUACAGGUAAAAGGGAAAGGCAAUGUUUGUAUGAAAUGCU